CAAAGUUCUUCAGGAUGGCCCCGGGCCCUCGGUGACAGGAGCCCCGAGCGCCCCGUUCCCAGGGGUGAGACGCAGGGACACCAUGGGCAGCAAGGAGCGCUUCCACUGGCAGAGCCACAACGUCAAGCAGAGCGGCGUGGAUGACAUGGUCCUACUCUCCAAAAUCUCCGAGGAGGCCAUCGUGGAGAACCUCAAGAAGCGUUUUAUGGAUGAUUACAUCUUUACCUACAUCGGGCCAGUGCUCAUCUCCGUCAACCCCUUCAAGCAGAUGCCAUACUUCACCGACCGGGAGAUCGAGCUGUACCAGGGAGCGGCUCAGUAUGAAAAUCCCCCCCAUAUCUACGCCCUGACUGACAACAUGUACCGCAACAUGCUGAUCGACGGGGAGAACCAGUGCGUCAUCAUCAGCGGAGAAAGCGGGGCUGGGAAAACGGUGGCAGCAAAAUACAUCAUGGGCUACAUCUCCAAAGUGUCCGGGGGUGGCGAGAAAGUGCAGCACGUGAAGGAUAUCAUCCUGCAGUCCAACCCGCUGCUGGAAGCCUUUGGAAAUGCCAAAACUGUCCGGAACAACAACUCCAGCCGCUUUGGGAAGUACUUCGAGAUCCAGUUCAGCCGGGGCGGUGAACCCGACGGAGGGAAGAUCUCCAACUUUCUGCUGGAGAAGUCGCGGGUGGUGAGCCAGAACGAGUGUGAGAGGAAUUUCCACGUCUACUAUCAGCUCAUCGAAGGGGCGUCCCAAGAGCAGCGGCAGAACCUGGGCAUCAUGAACCCGGAUUAUUACUAUUACCUGAACCAGUCAGACACGUACCAGGUGGAGGGCACGGACGACCGCAGCGACUUCCAUGAGACCAUGAACGCCAUGCAGGUCAUCGGCAUCCGUGGCGAGGACCAGCAGCUGGUGCUGCAGAUCGUGGCGGGGAUCCUCCACCUGGGAAACAUCAGCUUUCGGGAGGAAGGCAACUACGCGCGGGUGGAGAACGCUGACUCCCUGGCCUUCCCUGCCUACCUGCUGGGGAUCGACCAGGAGCGCCUCAACGAGAAGGUCACCAGCAGGAAAAUGGACAGCAAGUGGGGUGGCCGCUCCGAGUCCAUCACCGUCACCCUCAACGUGGAGCAGGCGGCUUACACCCGGGACGCCCUGGCCAAGGGGCUCUAUGCACGUGUCUUUGACUUUCUUGUGGAGUCUAUCAACCGGGCUAUGCAGAAGCCUCACGAGGAGUACAGCAUCGGGGUGCUGGACAUCUACGGCUUUGAAAUAUUCCAGAAAAAUGGCUUUGAGCAAUUCUGCAUUAACUUUGUGAACGAGAAGCUGCAGCAGAUCUUCAUAGAGCUGACCCUGAAGGCAGAGCAGGAGGAGUAUGUGCAGGAGGGGAUCAAGUGGACCCAGAUCCAGUACUUCAACAACAAGGUGGUGUGUGACCUGAUAGAGAACAAGCUGAACCCCCCCGGGAUCAUGAGCGUCCUGGACGAUGUCUGUGCCACCAUGCACGCCACCGGCGAGGGCGCGGACCAGACCCUGCUGCAGAAGCUGCAGGCGGCCGUGGGCACCCACGAGCACUUCAACAGCUGGAACUCGGGCUUCGUCAUCCACCACUAUGCAGGCAAGGUCUCCUACGAUGUGAACGGCUUCUGCGAGCGCAACCGGGACGUGCUCUUCACAGACUUGAUCGAGCUGAUGCAGAGCAGUGAAUACGGUUUCAUCCGGAUGCUUUUCCCAGAAAAACUUGAUUCUGACAAAAAGGGACGACCAACCACCGCGGGCUCCAAAAUCAAGAAACAGGCUAACGACCUGGUGAACACGCUAAUGAAGUGCACACCACACUACAUCCGCUGCAUCAAGCCCAACGAGACCAAGAAACCCCGGGACUGGGAGGAGAGCAGGGUGAAGCACCAAGUCGAGUACCUGGGGCUGAAGGAGAACAUCCGGGUGCGCCGGGCAGGUUUCGCCUACCGCCGCCUCUUCCACAAAUUCCUGCAACGCUACGCCAUCCUCACCCCCGAGACGUGGCCGUCGUGGCGCGGGGACGAGCGGCAAGGGGUGCAGCACUUGCUACGCGCUGUCAACAUGGACCCAGACCAGUACCAGAUGGGGAGGAGCAAGGUCUUUGUCAAGAACCCCGAAUCGCUCUUCCUCCUUGAAGAGAUGCGGGAGCGGAAAUUCGACGGCUUCGCCCGGGUGAUCCAGAAGGCCUGGCGCCGGCACGUGGCCAUCCGGAAGUAUGAGCAGAUGCGAGAGGAGGCCUCCAACAUCCUCUACAACUUCAAAGAGCGGAGGAGGAACAGCAUCAACAGGAAUUUUGUGGGCGAUUACCUGGGCAUGGAGGAGCGGCCGGAGCUGCGCCAGUUCCUGGCCAAGCGGGAGCGGGUAGACUUCGCCGACUCCAUCACUAAGUACGACCGGAGGUUCAAGCCCAUCAAGCGGGACUUCAUCCUCACCCCCAAGUACUUCUACCUGAUCGGGCGGGAGAAGGUGAAGAAAGGUCCUGAGAAGGGGCAGAUCAAGGAGGUGCUCAAGAAGAAGGUGGAGCUCCAGGCAGUGAACAGCAUCUCGCUGAGCACCAGGCAGGAUGAUUUCUUCAUCCUCCACGAGAACGAUGCCGACAAUUUCUUGGAGUCCAUCUUCAAGACGGAGCUGAUCAGCCUGCUGUGCAAACGCUACGAGGAGCUCACCCACAGCAAGCUGCGCCUCUCCUUCAAGGACACACUACAGUUUCGGGUGAAGAAGGAGGGCUGGGGCGGCGGCGGCACCCGCAACGUCACCUUCGUCAGAGGACAGGGAGACGUGGCCGCCCUCAAAGCUGGAGGCAAAACCCUUACGGUCAGCAUCGGGGAUGGGCUCCCCAGGAAUGCCAAGCCCACGAGGAAGGGGGCAGCGCAGACCAGAGGUGGCAGCAGGUGUCCAGCACCCUCCCGAAACACCCCACCAGCACCCAGAGGUCGGGGUCCUCCAGGCACCUGCAGGAACGGGGCACCCCAGUUCCCCCGCAGCAACGGCCGGGCGCAGCGGGACACCUACACAGCGCCCCAGAAGCAGGCGCGGGGGCCACCAGCUGCGGCGCUUCCCCCCCAAAACCCCAGUCGCCAGCCGAAGGUGCGGCCCCCGUCUGAGCACAACAUGGAUUUCCUCAACGUGCCUGACCAGGGGGUGGCUGGGUAG